AUUAACCCUAUUACCCUCUUAAUUAUUUACUUUACUAUUCUCUCAGGCCCAAUAGUCACAAUACUCAGCAACAACUUCUUUCUUAUAUGAAUUGGUCUAGAAAUAAACCUUCUAGCCAUUAUUCCAGUUAUAACUAACAAGUCAAACCCACGAACUACAGAAGCAGCUACAAAAUAUUUCAUCACCCAGGCUACAGCUUCCAUAAUUUUCCUUCUUUCUAUUAUCAUAAACUAUAAACAAUUAGGAACAUGAACAAUUCAACCUCAAACUAGUAGCCUCACAUCUACACUAAUCUUUAUCUCCUUAGCAAUCAAAUUAGGUCUAUCACCCUUCCACGCUUGACUACCAGAAGUAACUCAAGGCAUUCCUCUAAGCACAGGACUCCUGCUACUAACUUGACAAAAACUAGCUCCUCUAUCUAUCUUAUUUCAAGUCUACGAACUAAUUAACCCACAUGUACUAAUCAUGUCAGCUUGCGCCUCAGUAAUAAUUGGAGCAUGAGGAGGCCUCAAUCAAACUCAAACUCGAAAAAUCAUAGCUUAUUCCUCCAUCGCCCACAUAGGCUGAAUAAUCUCGAUUCUACCCUAUAAUCCAUCCCUUACCAUUAUUAACCUUAUCAUUUAUAUUCUACUAACACUAGCCAUAUUCUCAAUUCUUCACCCCCACUCAUUUUUCUCUAUCAAAUCAACAUCACUUCUAUGAAAUAAAUCACCUAUUAUACUUCCCUUAAUGUCCUCUAUCCUCUUAUCCAUAGGAGGGUUGCCCCCUCUUACCGGCUUUCUACCUAAAUGACUUAUCAUUACAGAACUCCUAAAAAACAACAACCAACUACUAGCUUCAAUCAUAGCAAUUCUAGCCCUAGUCAAUCUAUUCUUUUAUACUCGCUUAAUUUACUCAACUUCACUUACUACAUUCCCUUCCACUAAUAACUCUAAAAUAUUUAACCACCAAAAAAACAUAAAAAAAUACCCAACCCUACCACUAACUGCAAUCACAAGCACGCUAAUACUCCCCCUUCUACCCCUAAUAUUAU